AUGACAGCUUCAUCCGACCGCCACUCGUAUACAUUUCAUAUCACCACCACCCUGUUAGCCGCCGAAUUUGCUGGCUCCGCAAUAGCCUCCUUUGCCUUGAGCUAUGGUGUCUACGUGUCGCUACUACUGAGUCUCGUCCUCCCUAUCGUCACUCUCCCACUAGCCUUUCUGAUACCCUCCGAUGAACGGCCGCUGAACCCACGCCAGCGUACUGCCGACCAACAUACAGAACAGCACGAAUUGACCACCUGGGCGACUUCUUGCCUGAAACAACUAAGGAAGCCCGAGUUUCCCUCGCGGUCUGACCUGCGGGUCUCCUGGCUCGUUGCGACAUGCCUCAUAUCCCGCAUCGGACGUUACCCAUUUUCCCUUCUCCUUCCGAGCGUGUCUCGCCGUUAUCAAGGGACUAUGGCCGAGACCGGGUUCCUCCUCUGCUUCAAAGCUGUCGUCAGCCUGAUGGGACUCGCCAUCCUCAUGCAUUGCAUUCGACCCCUCUUCUUGCGACGGCAAUCCCCGACGCACUCGGCCGAUGCGGCACCUCUCUCUGGCCCCUAUCAGCUUGACCUGUGGACGAUGCGAGGCAGUGCAGUGUGCAUGGCUAUAGGGGCGGUUCUGUUAUCAGCACCACGCUCACUCAUGAUAGUGUACACAGGAGUCGUGCUGUAUGGACUAGGUAUCGGCUUCGGCGGUGCAGUCGGGGGCGUUAUCGCGCGGUUGAUGGGGUCCGACGGAGUCUUGCUGCCGGAUAACAUGCUCGAGGCGGUAUUCGAUGCCAUCGCGGCGCCGGCGAUGUCGUAUACCUGCCUUUUUGGGGCACAAUUGGAUGAGUCGAUGUCGAUGGUCGGACUGUCAUUUGUUGCCGCGGCGAGCAUCUUUGGCUUGAUUGCUAUCGGGACAUUUUUUUAG